AUGCCUAUCGAAUUUGUUUGCAAAAUCAAAUUUGCAGAGGAGGAUGAGAAGCAGAAAAGCAAGCAAGAUGGGGAUAAGGAGAGCCUGAUCGAGGAGAGCUGUACGCCGCCGGCCAAAGACUUGGCAGGGUUUGCUAACUCCUGCUCCCUCCAUGGGAUCAACCACAUCUUCGUCUCUGGCCGCCUGGGGAUCCGGCAGACUCUCUGGGCUCUUGCCUUCUUGACUUCUCUGGCGCUCUUUCUGUACCAAGCGGCCAAGUGUGCCAUCUCCUACCUGGAGCACCCUCAUGUGACGGCGCUGAACGAAGAGGCAACCCCGGAGAUGGUCUUCCCUGCCGUGACCAUCUGCAACAUCAACCGGUUUCGCUUCUCAGCCCUCACCGACGCAGACAUCUACCACCUGGCAAACUUGACGGGUCUGCCCCCCAAGAACAGGGAUGGGCACAAACCCACUGAUUUGAUGUAUCCUGCACCUGACAUGCAGGACAUCUUCAACAGGACGGGGCAUCAGCUGGAGGAGAUGCUGAUGAGCUGCAAUUUCAGUGGACAGAACUGCUCAGUUGAGGACUUCUCUGUGGUUUACACCAGAUACGGGAAAUGCUACACUUUUAAUGGCAACAAGACGACAUCCAAGAAGACGAAGCAGGGCGGGAUGGGAAAUGGGCUGGAGAUCAUGUUGGAUAUCCAGCAGGAUGAGUAUCUGCCCAUCUGGAGAGAGACGAAUGAGACGUCUCUGGAGGCCGGCAUCCGAGUUCAGAUCCACAGUCAGGACGAGCCUCCCUACAUCCACCAGCUGGGCUUCGGCGUCUCGCCCGGCUUCCAGACCUUCGUUUCAUGUCAGGAGCAAAGGCUGACCUACCUGCCCCAGCCCUGGGGGAACUGCCGCUCCACCAGCAGGGAGAAGUUCCCGGGAUACGACACGUACAGCAUCAGCGCCUGUCGCCUGCUCUGCGAGACCAACGAGGUCAUGCGCGUGUGCAACUGCAGGAUGGUUCACAUGCCUGGAACUGCAGAUAUCUGCCCUCCCAGUAAAAUCAACUGUGUUGACAAAGCACUCGCCCAGCUACAGAAGAACAGUGGGGAUAUCUGUCCAUGUGAGACGCCCUGUAAUCUCACCCGCUACGGUAAAGAGCUCUCCAUGGUCAAAAUCCCCAGCAAGGGCUCGGCUCGCUAUCUGUCCAGGAAAUAUGACAAGUCAGAGGACUACAUCAGAGACAAUUUCUUGGUGUUAGAUAUUUUUUUCGAAGCACUGAACUACGAAACAAUUGAGCAAAAGAAAGCAUACGAUGUCGCAGGAUUAUUAGGUGACAUUGGUGGACAAAUGGGUUUAUUCAUCGGCGCCAGCAUCCUGACAGUCUUAGAAAUACUGGAUUACAUUUACGAGCUGAUCAAGCAUCGGCUACAGCGUCUGCUGAGACCACAGAAAGAAGAGAAGAAGAAUACCCAGCCGACCACAACUGUUGCCACAGUGGGUCUAGAAGAAAUGAAAGCAAAGGAGCCCAAUGACACGACACGGAGUCACCCAGAGGGGGCGUACGCCAACACGAUCCUCCCUAACCACCACGUCCCUCAUCCUCAUCCCCACCCUCAUCCCCACCCGCACCCUCUUUCUCACCCUCUUCCUGCGCCGCACCAACAUCGCCCGGGACACCACGGCGUAUUUGAGGACUUCGCUUGCUAAAGCCAGCUUUUGUUUCCAGUCCUGGUGACAAAACAAGAGAGGAACUAUCUGUGUUGAGACAAAAACAGAUUCCCUCCCUCUUCCUCCUCCUCCUCCUCCUCCUCCUCUGCAUCUCCGUAUUUUCUUUGCUCUCACCAGUGAAAAGCUACAGCCAAAGUCAAAAACACUAAACUUGUGCUGCUAACAAACCACUUGUAUGUACAGUUUAGGCACAAAUCAGACACGGCUUCUUCUUCUUCUUCUUCUAAUUCUUCUUCUUCUUCUUUGUCUGUUUUUCUCGUUUUGAUCUGAAUGGGAACCAAACCUAACUCAGCGUCGCCUUGACUUCUCGGAGACUACAUUGACCAACUCUUUGGUACAUGAUCACUACGAAGGGAUAAGAGGAAAAAUGCACUUUAAAAAGGAUUUAUUUAUUCUGUUGGCAUCUAUUUUUAAUUGUUAAUAAUAUUAUUACGUCUGUGUUCCUGAAUCUACUCUGACUUCAUGAAGCUGUAUCAGAUCAUUACACUUGAUAAAUUAUGUAAUUAUUUAACAAAGUACUAUUAUCCGUCUGUUCUGUAUUGUAUACAAGAUAACAGUAAGCAAACCUUGUUGGUGUUGAACCAUCCGAAGUGUGAGUGGAUUUAUUUAGGCUGAGAAAGGAGCUAGCAGCAUCUUUCCACAUGAAGCAUCCUGUCCGGUUUGUGGUGAAGGUGUUAGAGUAGCAGUGUACCUGUACAUAAAUCACCAAGUCCUACAAGGUUUGUUUUAAUGGUUGUUGUUUAUAUUUAGUUACUAUAUGACUUAUGUAGUAUCACUUUUAAUUAUUUAUACAUUUUAGAGGAGUUUUUUUAUAUGAACAUCACGAUUGUAGCAAAUACUGUCCGCUGACUGCCGAAUAUUACCGCAAAGCUGACAAAACUGGAUAACAAACAUAUUCGUAGCUCUUGAGCUUAUUCAUAUUUUGUCACAUCAGAGCCACAUAAUUCAUGUAUUUCAUCUGGACUUUAUGUCACAUACCAACACAGAGUGGUGCAAAAUUGUUCUUCUUAUCAAUCUGAGCAUUUUCCAGUGAAAAAAGCUCCACAGCAUGAUGCUGCCACCGCUGUGUGGCGAUGCUGCCAUCCUGCAUUUAGGCCAAACGUUGUGUUUCUCUUUCCAUUUUCAGAAGAUUGAUUGAGGUUUUCUGCAACGGUAAAACUUGACAUAUUGCUUUAAACUUUGUUAUAAAUGUAUCCCUGUCCUGUCUGCUGUGUUCAUUAAUAUUCCCUAACAAACCUCUAGGACACAUGUGUCAAACUCGAGGUCUGUGGGCCAAAUCCGGCCCCCCAUAGCUUUUUAUGUGGCCCUCUGAGUUCUAGACUAAAUACAAAGUGUUCUAAAAUUUUAUGUUAUCAAUCAAAUUAAUGCAGGUUAUAUCUGCCAAAUUAUAUCGAUCAGUCCCUCCAGUUUCUUGCAAAUUAUCGUGGAAUUUCACACAAAAUCAAUAAAUCCCCAAACAUUAUUGCACUGAUAUAUAGCUGGGAGUUUGUUGCUGAUUUUUUACAAAAAUUGUCAAAAACGUUCUUACUUGUACU